ACCAUCUAAAUGCAGCCAAUCACGCAACUCGAGAGAGAUGGAGCCCCGCCAGAACCUUGAAAAGCGAAUGCAAUUCUAUCGAACGGAACCCGCCGGGACAAAUUAUAUGGUCCACGUACGCUGAUUGCGAGAUCCUCUCCACCGUCUCAGUCUCAAUGGGCAGCUUCCUGUUUCAUCAGUACCAAGUGAUGGGCCGAGCCCUCCCGAUCCGAAGCGACGAGCAUCCAAAGAUUUAUCUCAUAGAAGGGCGGGCGUCGAAUGAAGUUAGAGUUAAUUGCAAGUUCUGGCAUUUCCGAAGGAAGCCGAAGAAAGUUAAAAAAAGUAAUGAUCGAGUUCUUGUCAUUAACGAGGAUCCGGGUAAGUAUCAGUAUGCCUUGAAUGCUGUGGCAUCUUAUUUUGGGAGUAAUUUACAGUGCCAUAUAUGUGGCGUCAGAGGAGGAAGAAAUUUUAAGCUGCUUAUAGCUCCUCAAAAGGUCUCUGUUCUCGCAUCCUUGUGCCAAAGACUGCAGAUACUUUUGGAUGAAUUGCACAAAAUUUUAUCAUUAAGUAUCUCAUCUUUUCGAAGGAAAGUUAUGAAGGUGACAUUUUGGCAAGAAAAAUUCAUACUAGGCAUUGGUACCAUGUCUUAUGUGGUUUUAAGCAUAAUGCUCGUUAUAUCAGCAUCUGUAACAGUCAGUAAAGCCGCUUGGGCACUCACUGAAGACAAUCGCCUUUUCUUGGAGGCAUGGAGGAUCGUCGAUCGCGCCUAUUUUGAUAAAACCUUUAAUGGGCAAAGUUGGUUCCGCUAUCGAGAAAAUGCACUUCGCACUGAGCCAAUGAAUAAUCGGGAAGAAACAUACAUGGCAAUUAAGAAAAUGCUUUCCACACUUGAUGACCCAUUCACUCGGUUUCUAGAACCAGAGAAAUUCAAGAGUCUGCAGUCUGGCACUCAAGGUGAACUUACAGGCGUAGGUUUAUCGAUUGGCUAUCCCAUGGGGCUUGACAUACCAACUACAGGACUAGUUGUGAUUUCCGCAUCUCCAGGUGGUCCUGCAAAUAAGAUUGGUAUUAAACCUGGAGAUGUAAUUUUGGCAAUUGAUGAUAGAAGCACUGAAGACAUGGAUAUAUAUGAAGCGGCUGAGCUUUUACAAGGUAUCGUAGGAAGCACUGUUAAAUUGGAUAUUCGCACUGGUACUGAAAUCAAGCAUAUGUUUUUGAGGAGAGAGAGAAUUACUCUGAACCCUGUGAAGUUGAGACUCUGUGAGGUUCCUGGUCGAGGAAAUAACAGCUCCAGGAUUGGCUACAUUAAGUUAACAUCAUUCAACCAGAAUUCUUCGGAGGCCGUGAGGGAUGCUAUCGAGUCUUUAAGAGGCAGUGGUGUAAAAUCCUUUGUGUUGGAUCUUCGAGAUAACAGUGGUGGAUUGUUUGCUGAAGGUAUUGAAACUGCUAAGAUUUGGUUGGAAAAAGGUGUAAUUGUUUAUAUUUGCGAUAGCCGUGGAGUCCGUGAUAUAUAUGAGACAGAUGGAAGCAAUGCCAUUGCUGCAUCAGAGCCUCUGAUUGUGUUGGUGAAUAGAGGAACUGCUAGUGCCAGUGAGAUACUAGCUGGAGCCCUUAAAGAUAAUAGGCGAGCUGUCUUAUAUGGGGAGCGUACAUUUGGAAAAGGGAAAAUACAGUCAGUUUUUGAACUUUCUGAUGGCUCUGGCUUGGCUGUCACAGUAGCACGCUAUGAAACUCCUGGUCAUACUGACAUUGACAAGGUCGGAAUCAUCCCUGACCACACUCUUCCUCCAUCAUGUCCUCUUGACGAGGAUUCAUUCUGUGGCAGCCUCAUAGAUCCAGCUUCAGCCUGCAACAUUAACACCGCUGCUCUUUUUUCCAGAAGGUUAAAAAGUUAAUUGAAGGGCAUGUACCUGCUGUGACGCUUCAACAUGGCCGGUAUUUGUACGUGUUGGUAUUUUAUUCAAAGGGGAUUUAAUUGGACGUCUGGUUGUUUAAUUCAUAUGAUAGUUAUUUAAAUUUAAGGGCCGAUUUGGGCCAUUUUUUUUUUAUUUGGGAUAAUUACAUUCAGACCAGCCAAAAUAUUGAUAUUUAUAAAUUAAACCCUCGAUGUGAUUAUUUUUGUA